UGGCAAAUCAAACAAACCCUACACUUCGAGCCGAUCGAGAGAUCCCCCGAGGGGGACGAUGGAUAUCGAACGCAAGCAAUCGGAGCUCAUUGAUCACUUCGUGAAGCAAGCCGCCGGCGAAGAUGCGUCCGCUUCCAACCUCGCCGCCCUCAUCCUCGAGGCCACCGCUCACCCCUCUCUCUUCGCCUUCUCCGAAAUUCUCUCCGUCCCCAACCUCGCCAAACUGAAAGGAACGCAGUACUCGUCGUCUCUUGAUGUGCUGCGCUUGUUUUCCUAUGGCACAUGGAGUGAUUACAAGCGUAAUGUUGGUUGCCUUCCGACUCUAUUACCUGAUCAAAUCCGUAAGCUGAAGCAACUCACUGUAUUGACUUUGGCUGAGACAGAAAAGGUAUUACCUUAUGACCAACUCAUGGAAGAACUAGAUGUUUCAAAUGUGAGGGAGCUAGAAGACUUCCUUAUAAAUGAAUGCAUGUAUGCGGGUAUUGCUCGGGGAAAACUUGAUCAGCUGCGACGAUGCUUUGAGGUGCAAUUUGCUGCUGGAAGGGACCUUAGACCUGAACAACUUGACAACAUGAUUCAUACAUUAAGUAGCUGGUUGGGCACUUCAGACAGUUUGCUCCACUUGAUCCAAGAGAAAAUCAAGUGGGCUGACACAAUGAGUGAGGCAAACAAGAUACAUAAGAAGGAAAUUAUGGACAAGGUAGAGGAGGUGAAGAAAUCCCUCAAGAAGUCAAACUCUUUAAGCAGGCCGACUUGGACUUACGAGGCCACGAAGAGAUCUUUUCUGAACCUGGAGGGAUGAUGGAUUAUGAAGAGGAUCGUGUCCGGCCCAAGAGGCGGCGGCACCCAGUGCCUUGAACUUGGAGGUUGAUCAAUUCGUCUAAUUUAAACUAGUCCUUCAGCUCCUUUAGUUGACAGUAUUUGGGAGUUGAUGACAUUCUUCACCUGGUCUCCUCACAAUGCCAUCCCAGAUUAGUGUGGGUAUGUGAAACCGGUGCAUUUGCUGCCUGUGGCACCACCCCCCUGUCCAAAUUUAAAACUUCAACUCGCAACCAUAUUUUGGAAUUGUUACAAUGGAUGCUGUUAUUUAGUUGCGAUGCUUCGCAAUGCUUCCUUUUGACCUUAAGAUGGGGCUUGGAUUUGAUCUUGAUAACUUUUGUGCGUUUCCAACUCCUUAACAUUAUGAUUUUGACUGCCAGGUUUGUAUUAGUCAUAAUGAUAUUGAGAUGUUUUUUUUUUCAAAAUUUUUUUUACGGCGUGUUCAAUAAUUCAAUGAAAAUUCAAAUUUGUCUGAUUA